CUAUAAUGUUUGGGGUAAAACGGUUUUAUCAGUUUCUUUAAGGGAAAUAAUUUAUUUUAAGAACGGAUAAUAAAACAUUAGAAUUAAUACUAGGUCCAAGAAAAGGGAUUCCAUUAACCGCCGAUAAUCGGUUUUAAAGAUGGGCGUACUAUUUAUCCGGGUUUAGAUAUCAAAUAGAACACGUAAAAUCAGAAGCUAAUGCAAACUGCGAUGCAUUAUCAAGACUUCCGAUAGAUGACGAUACUGAGAUGAUAGGGUCAGAUUUUUCGCAUGUGAAUUUUUUCGAAGAGGGAGUGGCCGCGUUCGAUUAUAAAAUAUUAUUGGAAGAAAGUAAAAAAGAUGAAUUGAUUGCUACAGCAAUCAAGCGAGUUUUAGGAAAUUGGCCUAAGAACUCAAAAGAAAUGUCGAACGAUGAAAAAAGUAUUUAUAACAAAAGAUUAGAAUUAACAACGGAAAAGGGUUGUUUAUUUUGGGGAUUAAGAGCAGUAAUUCCAGAAAAUUUAAGAGAUAUUAUAUUAAAAGAACUACAUGCUACACACCUAGGCAUUGUAAAAAUCAAAAUGUUUGCACACUCAUAUGUAUGGUGGCCUAAUAUUGAUCGUGAUAUAGAAAAGUUAGUAAAAGAUUGUAAAAUUUGUUUAACAGAAUUAAAGAAACCACCAUUUACGCCUUUAACUACAUGGCCUUGGCCAGAUAAAGCAUGGAGCCGCAUUCAUUGUGAUUGCGCAGGUCCAUUUUAUGGAAAUAUGUAUUUAAUUAUAAUAGAAGCUCAUAGCAAAUGGCCGCAAAUGAUAAAUUUUAAAAGUAAUACAAAAGCAUACAGACUGUGCGAAGAGUUUAGAGUAUUAUUUUCACGACAUGGACUUCCUCUGCAUUGUGUAACAGACGGAGGUCCACAAUUUAGAAGCGCUGAAUUUCAAAAUUUUUUGUUAAAUAAUGGGGUAAAGCACAGCUUCUCACCGCCGUAUCAUCCUGCUACGAACGGUGCAGCAGAAAAUUUUGUACAAACUUUUAAAGAUAAAGUUUCUAAAAUUGUUAAAGCGGGAAAAACGCUGGAAACAGCUAUAAACAUGUUUUUAUUUGACUAUCGUAGCAUCGAACAUUGUACGACCAAAAGAACUCCGGCGUAUUUAAUGUAUAAAAGGGAGAUUAGAACUAGGUUCGACUUGCUCAAACCAAGCGUUACAGAAACAGUUGCGCAAAAACAGCGUGAUCAAAUAAUAGCAGGACCGGGAAAGCGCAAGGUAGAGUUCUCACCGGGAGAACAAAUCAUGGUAGACGAUUUCAGUGUAAGAUCGGAAAAUAGAAUGAGUGGAACUGUUGCAAAACAAGUCUCACCAUCGACUUACGUUGUAUCUAAUGAUAAAGGUAACCUAGUUAAACGCCACGUAGAUCAAAUGAUAAAAUGUAAUAAUCCUGAUGUAAAAUUGCGACGCUCUCCACGUUUUCAGGGAGAGUCAAGUUUAAAAAGAGCGGAGAGUUGUAAUGUAUGAAGAAACGCCUGCGUCAGCGUUUAUGCGAAGCGAGCCUCGGCGCACUCGCCAACACUGCACAUUCAGCAGUUGCUAUGCAGACGCGCACGAAUAUGUAUCAUGAGUAACACCAAUU